AAAAAACUCAAUUUCCCAUAAUGCCUUGCGAACAGGACUCGGGAAAACUAGCGUCCAAGGUCCAAAUAGUUCCCACUUAAGUAAGGGGCAAGGGGGCAUAUGAAGCAAUUCCGACUUCGGCUGGUGACAACUUUGGAAAUUCGUGUUUUGAAAAAGGUACUCUUAUUUUGUUGAGCAUGGCUGAGCUCCAAAGAUCAGGUGAUGUGCUACCUGAAGAUGUUGGAACUGAUGACUGCCUGACUUCAUACACACACAUCUACAGCCCCAACUUACUCAAAGAUCAGGUUGCAUUUAUCACUGGUGGCGGAUCAGGAAUCGGACUCAGGAUAGCUGAAAUCUUCAUGAGGCAUGGCUGUGACACAGUGAUCGCCAGCAGGAACAUUGACAAGCUCAAAGAGGCUGCUGAGAAGCUAUCGGCCGUUUCGGGACGUCGCUGCCUCCCGUUGAGCUUGGACGUGAGGAAGCCUGAGAGCAUCGCUGCAGCCGUGGAUGAGACGCUGAAAGAAAUGGGCCGUGUAGACAUUCUCAUUAACAAUGCUGCCGGAAACUUCCUCUGCCCAGCAUCUGCACUUUCCUUCAACGCAUUCAAGACAGUUAUGGAGAUAGACACGAUGGGAACGUUCAACACCAGCAAAGUUGUGUACGAGAAGUGGUUCAAGGAUCACGGGGGCAGCAUUGUCAACAUCUCUGCAACACUUGGAUACAAGGGCCAAGCGCUCCAGGUGCAUGCUGGCUCUGCCAAGGCGGCAAAUGAUGCCAUGACCAAGCACCUGGCUGUGGAGUGGGGACCCAGCGGGGUGCGAGUGAACGCCGUGGCCCCAGGUCCGAUCUCUGGCACAGAGGGCUUCCGCAGACUGGGUGGCCCAAGAGGGGAGUCUACUGGUCUGUUCCAGUCCAUUCCUUUGCAGCGAGCAGGCAACAAGACAGAGAUGGCCCACUGCACUCUUUUCUUAGCCAGCCGGGCGGCGUCCUACGUGACAGGAGCCAUCCUGGUGGCGGACGGUGGAUCGUGGCUGACCUCGGCUAACGACGUCUCCAAGCUGAUGGGUAUAGCCGCCUCUAAAUCCGCUAAACUCUGAGCAGGGGCUCUCCUGUCCUCCUCCUUACCCAGGUUAUUGGUCGUCUGAAAAGAGAGACAAGUAAAGAAAACCAUAUAAAAAUAAUUGUAGUGCUACAUAGUAACACAAUAAACCUGCCAUACAGCUUUAGGACUUCAUCAAAGAAAUCAUCUUUUCCAUGUCAUCAUGCAUUUCAUGUACAGGUAAAAGCCAGUAAA